CGCCAACGCCUGUGGUAGUCGGGUUAGGUUGAAGCGGGAGGGUUCCUUGUGAGCUGCGCCUCAGUCUCCGGGUUUUCUCUUGUCCUUCCUUUUUUUUCCCCCUUUCCUUCCUCCGCCGGCCAGCGGCUCGCACUGUGAGGAGGAGCGCACGGUAUUGGCUGUCGAUCUGUAUUUAUAUCCAACUAGUUGACCACCUUUUAGCUCCUCUCCCACUUUUUUUCUUAAUCACUCCAUCUCACACGAAAGCCAUGACAGACAAAACCGAGCUUAUCCAGAAGGCCAAGCUGGCUGAACAGGCUGAACGCUAUGACGAUAUGGCUGCCAACAUGAAGGCAGUGACAGAAUUUGGUACUGAGCUGUCCAAUGAAGAAAGGAACCUUCUAUCUGUUGCCUACAAGAAUGUGGUGGGUGCAAGGAGGUCAGCCUGGAGAGUAAUUUCCAGUAUUGAGCAGAAGACAGAGGGCUCAGACAAGAAGCUGGAGAUGGUUAAAGAAUACAAAGAAAAAGUAGAGUGCGAGCUCAAGGAUAUCUGCAAGGCUGUUCUGGAAUUGCUUGAUGGGUUUUUAAUACGCACAUCCAGCCAGGCAGAGAGCAAAGUUUUUUACCUGAAAAUGAAGGGAGACUACUACCGGUACCUUGCUGAGGUGGCUACUGGAGAUGACAGAACCACCGCAAUAAAGAAUUCCCAAGAUUCCUACCAGGAGGCAUUUGAAAUCAGCAAGAAGGACAUGCAGCCAACACAUCCAAUUCGCCUGGGCUUGGCUCUGAAUUUCUCUGUAUUCUACUAUGAGAUCCUUAAUAGCCCAGAAAAAGCAUGUCAGCUGGCCAAAGCCGCAUUUGAUGAUGCUAUUGCAGAGCUUGAUACCCUGAAUGAAGAAUCCUACAAAGACAGUACGCUCAUCAUGCAGUUGCUUAGAGACAACCUAACAUUAUGGACAUCUGAUACUGCAGGAGAAGAGAAUGAUGCUGUAGAGCAAAGCGAAAACAACUAAUCCGCUGGCACAUCUUUAUCCCUGAAGGACCCUUUUUACACGUCUCCAUUCCUUAUUGCUCCACGUGGAUUUCCUAUAGCAAAGAAAGUCCAUCCAUCUGUAAUGGAAAUCAAGUUUAUAGUCUUUUCACACUGCAGCUUUGGGGAAACUCCAUUCCUUAAAUUUUUUUUUUUUGUUCCCCUCCCUUUUUUUAAUUUGUCUUUGUCAAAUUUUCUGGUGUGCGGUUACUGCUGUAGAAAAGUAUUAAUGGUUUCACUCAUGUAAAAAUUAAUAAAAAAUGCACAUAAGUAAUUUCCAGACACUUAUGUAGAGGACUUUAAAGCCUAUCUGGUAUUUAAAUAAAAAAGAAGAAAAAUUGGAACCACCAGUUUCUGCAACUGACUUUUUUCUUUUUUUGUAUUAUAAUGUAAAAUGUAUGAAACAAAUGUAGUAAACAACUGCAACCAACCUUCAUUCCCCUCCCUACAUAUUGCAUUUUGUUUUUGUUUGUUUCCAAAUACACACAUUUAAGUCAUCACUGUGCCCAGUUUUAUUUGUUUCUUAUAAAACGAUGUCCGUGUUCUGGUGUAUUUUGGGGUACUUAAUAUUUUUCAAAUUCGGGUGCUUCUUGUAUAACCAGAUUGCUGCUGGCAGGGCUUGUUUAUAUACAUGUCUGGCGGCUAUAUGGUUAUCGUAUCAAAGGCUGCUCGUGUAGUUUUGUGGACAUUUCUAACACCUUGUCUUUUUUAAUUUUCUCCUAUUUUUGGGGUUUUGUUUUGCUGCUGUUUGACAACCUCUGCCUCCAAUAAAUCAUUACACUCCUGG